AUGAAAGAGAUGAAAUUCAAAGGAGAGUUUAAGAUUGGUCUCCAAAAAUUAUACUAAGGUCAGAUCUAGAAUCUGUAAAGACCUUACUAGCUUAUAAAAAUAGCAAUAGAGAAGGAUUUAAUUUUGGUACUUAUAGGAAAAAGUCUAAAUUAACAAAAACAUUAGAUGCAAAAGGAAUUUUAGAAUUAAAAUUUUCACUUAAGAAAAGGAUGA